AUGAAAAAAACGUAUACAGGCAUUAAGGAUAACAUCCGCAAAACUGGAAGGGGUAGAAUCCACUGGAAAUAUUAUCAUCAAUUUGAUGAAAUAUACCGAGACGAUAAAACAGUGAAUUUACCCCGAACACUCUCAUCAGCACCAGUAUCCGUUAUCCAAAAGGGGCCUGGAAUAAAUCCAGAUCCCAUAAAGGAACCUGUUCCAAUAAUAGAGGAACCUCAACCCAGUACUGCAGCCACUCCUCAAAUGGAAAAGCAGAAAGACGACAUAACACUCACUCCAAAAUCCACAAAAAUGGAUUCCAAGAGUGGAAUGUUUUAUUUAAGGAAGAAGUUUGCUGAAAUUGAGACUGCCCGUGUCAAUGAAAUUAAACUUCUUCGGGAAGUAGUGGUAGAUCCUCUUCUAGUACUUCUUGAGGAUCUUCUUCCACUUCAUUCAGUAUUAAAAAAUUGUGAAGAACACAUGCAGCACUGA